GGCACCCAGCCGCAUGUGCUUUCACCACCAAGGAUCGCAAAACUUUCAACAAUUUUCAAUCUCGCCUUUUGCACAAAACACUGCAAAAUUCUUUGACAAUAAGCACUUAUCAUCGACAAUUUAUUUACUUUAUUUUGUGAGGGACAUUAAUAUCAGAUCAAGAUGUCGAAAGUUAUCAGGAUAUUUCGCACAUUGCGGAACAAUUGGAAGAAGAGUACAUUUGCAGCUAUUUUAGGCUACUACGGAAUCGAAUAUGCCAGAGACUGGCACAGGAAUUUCCUAAUGAUGCGGGAGUAUAGCCGAGAAGCUCUUAUCCACGGACAGAGACCUUUGCCAGCUGGAGCGAAGAACAAGCACAUUACAAUAUUUCUUAAUCCAACCUCUGGAAAUAGAAAGUCAAAAGCCAAGCUGGAAAAAUUUGCCGAACCACUCUUUCAUCUUUCCGGAUUUCUGGUCAACAUUGUUCGAACAGAGAGAAUCGAUGAGGCCAGAGAUCUUGCAAAGAUAAUUGAAAAGACAAACAUUAUUGCUUCUGCUGGAGGAGAUGGUACUCUGUUUGAGACCGUGACUGGAUUACUAAGACGUGAAGACGCUGAAGAAGCAUUGAGAAGAUAUCCACUCGCUGUUAUCCCUGUCGGCUCUCAUAAUAAGUUUGCACAUAAUCUAUUUCAUAAUAAAGCCGGAAAAGAUUAUUCAGACCCUCGAUUAAUUGCCGAAGCAGCAAUGGCAGUGGUCAAACAUAAAAUCCGGCCACAGGAUGUAAUGCAAAUAACGAUUUCAGAUGUCGAUAACUCGUUACAGACACCAGAACCAGAGGUAGCUGCCGCUGCAGAAGAUGUGACCAAGCCAAAGAAGCCAUUUUAUUCUGUGGAUGAAAUUUCGAUUGGCAAAUUCCGAGAAGCACAGAAAAUAAGGGAUGAAAUGCCAUCAUUUUUCCCAAACUUAUUUGCCACCUUUCUGUCACUGUAUAGAACUCCACAAGAGAAUUUCAAAGCAGAAAUCCGUUAUGUCCCAGCGUGUGAUGGAUGCAUAACUUGCGUAAAGCCAAAACCAAUAGUAAAAGCUUCUACUGAUUCUCCUGUUACUUUCAAAGAAAGCAACGAACCAUCAAUUUGGUCAAGAAUAUUUUCAGUAUUUAGACCUCAGCCUGUUCACGCUCAAACGACCACAGAAAUUGAUGCAGUUGAUAAUCCCUACGUUAAUCCAGAAUGUGGGACUUGGGAAUCGUUUUGCGUGGACACGUCAGAAUUAAAUGUGAAAGUGGCAGGAAAUGGCCGACUUCAAAUCCAAGUAAAUAAAAAGUUGGACAAGACUGAUUUUAUGAUUGAAGGUCUGAAGAGGCGAAAGAAUGCAAGUGCAAAUUAUGCUCAAGUCAUUGAUUGUCAAGAAAUCGAAAUCUUUCCAAUAGAUGGGCAUAAGUACAUGUCCAUUGAUAAUGAAGAGUUUGAAAUGAAACCAAUCAAAGUUAAGUGUCUUAAAGAAAAAGUUUAUUUUUUUGUUCCCUGAUAGUUACAAAAUCUUUUGUAAACAUCGUAAGCAAUUGUUGACAUUAAACUAAACAAACUAAAGCAGUAGUACUACAAAAUAUAA